AUGGCGUCUUUGAAGAGGAGAAGAGAAUCUGUGUUUAGCAGUUCCUACCAGCCACCGCACUCGCAGCGGGUUGCGCCAGUGAGAGCUGCAAGCCACCAUCUCGACGGAGGACUCAGUCUACCGCACUUCCUCCAAAACACCCAGGAUGACCGCAUGCAGGAAUAUAUCCCUCGGCAAGCUGGUGAGGAAGGGCGAAACGACGACAACGGUGAGGUCAUCAUGGCUGUUGACUUGAAAGAACGUGGAACCGUGGGAUGUUGCUACUAUGUCGCGCAAGAGGAGCAGCUGAAGAUCCUUGGUGAUAUUCAACAUGGAGGAAAGGAUAUAAUUGAUACAUUGAUACUUGAAAUUAACCCAACAACGAUACUUACUUCCACGCGGGCUGAGGAGGCUGCAAUCACUGUGCAACAAGGCUAUGAUGAUCGUUUCAAUUUUCCAUAUCAGAUUGACACCCGACCUGUCCAAGAGUUCAAUUUCAACAAUGCAAGAGCCAAGUUAGCAAGCCUGGAGAUAUUUCAAAACGAGGACCUUGCUCAAUUCUUGGUACCUGGAGGAGGAUUUACCCAGACUGAGGAAGUAGCUGCGGAAAACCUGGGCCUUUCUUUUGAAAAAGGUCAAGUGCUUCGUCUUGCCGGGGCCGUCGAUAUAGAGAACUCCGUCUCUAUUGGGUGUGCUGGAGCCGUCCUUGCCUACGUUCAACGGCAGGGUGUCAACGAAAUUACGCAAAUAGGGGAGGAAUUUGUUACUCAACCAGUGCGGUCGGUUGAGGCAUUCUUCCUCAGAGGAACUAUGCACAUUAGUCCCGACACACUCUCUGCUCUGCAGAUACUACAAUCCGAAUCCCAUCCGAAUGCCUUCAACCAGGGCCCUGGGAAAACUUCGUCUCGUGGAAAAGAAGAUUUUUCCCUCUAUGGUCUUUUCCAGCAACAUAUUCUUACACCCCAAGGUAAAAGUCGCUUGAGGCAAUGUUUCCUCCGGCCCAGCACAGAGUCAGACGUUAUAUCGGAGAGACAGGAUAUAAUCAACAUUUUUUUGUGGCCUACCAAUGCUUCUGUCGUGCAGAAAUUGACCGCCAGUCUCAAGAAGAUCAAAAACAUGCGCCCAGUCAUAACAAGUCUUCACAAAGGUCUGAGCAGUGGAAGAGCCACUUUUGGGGGACUCAAAGGUACCAUUUGGAGCACAUUGCUGAAUUUUGCAUUUCAUACCAUUGACCUGCAAGAGGCGACACGAGAAGUGUCUUGGCGAGAUUCCAUCACAUUUCGUGAUAGGGCCCUCAGUGUUCUUGAUGGUUUCAGCCUUCAUGUAGUGGGAAAAAUUGUUUACGAGACGGUUGACAUUCAGGACUCUCAGCAACAACAGCGAACAGUGGUGAAAGCUGGCGUGGAUAGGGAGCUUGACCUAUUGAAAGACCGCUACAAUGGAUUAGAUAGCCUGUUAAAGCAGGUGGCCAUCGACGUCGCUUCUACCAUUCCUACUAAUCUCGGAAUCGAUGUCAAUGUGAUAUAUUUCCCACAACUAGGGUUUAACAUCGCAAUUCCCUUUAACGAACGAGGGCUCGCUGCAUAUACCGGCGAAGACGACAGUUGGGAACAGAUCUUCACGACAGAAAAUCGUGCUUAUUUCAAAGACAGCAGAAUGAGAGAGAUGGAUGAGAAGUUGGGCGACAUCUAUGGGCUUAUCUGUGAAAGGGAAAUCGAGAUUGCUCAUGAGCUCGCGCAGAGAGUCCUAAAAUACGAACAAGUUCUUUUAGCAUCAUCUGAUUUGUGUGGAGAGCUUGAUUGUUAUCUUGCCAUGGCAAAAACGGCAAGCAUUUACAACUUCGUCCGACCACGGAUCUCUCAACAAAAUGACAUUCGGAUUAUAGAUGGACGGCAUCCACUUCAAGAACUCAUGGUUUCUUCAUACGUUCCUAAUGAUGUUCAUCUUCGUGGUGGUUGUGGUUCGCAGAGCGACAGCGAUAUCACGGACCAGAACCUUUCGCAUACCCCAAGUAUGUUGAUGCUAACAGGUCCUAAUUAUUCCGGAAAAAGCGUGUACAUGAAACAAGUUGCUUUGAUUGUGUACUUGGCGCAUAUAGGAAGUUUCGUACCUGCUCAGAGCGCUGAUAUAGGUAUCACUGAUAAAAUCUUGACACGUAUCAGUACACCAGAGACCGUGUCUAAAAUACAAAGCACUUUCAUGAUAGAUCUACAGCAAAUGUCUCUUUUGCUGAAACUCGCCACGGAAAAGAGUCUCAUAGUCAUUGAUGAGUUUGGUAAAGGAACUGACAUCAAUGAUGGGGCCGGCCUCGCCUGUGGUAUCUUUGAAUAUCUUUUAAGCCUUGAUGAAAAACGACCAAAAAUUCUUGCAGCUACUCAUUAUCACGAGAUAUUCGAAAACGGGUUCCUCCCCAUCAGGAGAUCCCUCUCCUUUGGUCACAUGGAAGUGAGGGUAGACGAAAGCUCCCAAAAUACUAGUGAGCAUUUAACAUAUUUAUACAAUGUCAAACAAGGCCGUAGCAACCAAAGCUUUGGUACCUUUUGUGCUGCAAUGAAUGGCAUUGAUCUAGUUAUUGUUUCAAGGGCUGAUGAGCUGGCGUCAUUAUCGAGCCGAGGCGAGAAUCUCGUCAUGGCGUGUGCUCGACUGUCUAAAAAGGAGGAAGAUAUACUUGAAGAAGCGGAAUCUGCCGCUCGUAAUUUUCUCGAGCUAGAUCUCUCUAGAGAUUCCGAAAAGGGGUUUAAAGAUGAGAUAGCAGAUUUGAUAACAAAAGAGCGAGUAGUCACUACCCACAACGAGCGUGUUUAA